AUGCCUAUCAUCUGCAAGGUCUGCCACAUCUGCAACGACACCGUCAAGUCUGCGCUGGACAAGAUCAAGGUGCCCUACACUGAGAGCAAAUCCGGCUCGACCACCAUCUACCGCGUUAACACCUCCUCCCCGUCCAAAUGGAGUCGCGGCUCGCUCGCCAGGAUGUGCUGGGACAAGCUCCAGUUAGGGCCAUACCACGAGGCCAGAAAAAAUGGUGACACGAUUCACUGCUCCAACGUCCAGCCGUGA